CAUCAACAUGCGCCACAUUUCACGAAGGCCGUAUAUUUAAAGGGAUAUAUCGACCGUUUAAAGUGUUUAUACUUCUAUGUAGAAUAAAAAGUAACCGACAAUUAAUAAUUAAAAUUGCGUAAUAUGGCAGAAGUAGUUUUGGGUGUCACUGAGCUGCCUGUUGCUUCACCAAUUAAGUGAAUGCCACCAUUAAUACGCCACAACCGAUAAUGUCAAAACUUUCUAUCGAAAGAAAGCCGUCAUCAAGUAAGGGGAACAGUUGGGUGGAGCCUGCUUUUGGCGAUUUGUUCGGCGGCUCUGAACGGAACCUGCUCUCUACGAGAAAGACAACAAACGCCAGAGAGUGCAGAAAAAGACCUACGUCAUCCAGCAAACAACCUUUAAAAAGAAAAGGGACUUCGCAAUCACGAGAAUCUGAGAAUGCUCUUAGGAAAGACCAGCAAUGCCAGGAUGAACCUUGGGUGGACAAAUACUGCCCCCACACACAGGCUGACCUUGCAGUUCAUCCGAAGAAGAUGAAGGAGGUUGAGAGCUGGCUGAAAUCGCACAUCGACAGCAGUGUCCAAAACACAGGUGGUGCGAUUCUUUUGCUGACUGGGCCUUCUGGAUGUGGGAAGACUGCCACCAUUCGGGUUUUAGCCAGAGAGCUAGACUGCCUGAUUCAGGAGUGGUCCAACCCCUCCACUUUCUCUGAGUUCAAGACAGAGGAGUCUUUUAGACAGUCGUUUGACCCUGAGUCAAGGUUCAAUAGCUUCUCUGGUGGGUCUCAGACAGUGCUGUUCCAGGAGUUUUUACUCAGGGCAAAUAAGUACAGCCCUCUGCAGAUGCUGGGGGGUUGCCAGACAGGCAACAAGAAGCUCAUCCUCAUUGAGGAUUUCCCUAAUCAGUUUUAUAGACAGCCAGAAUGCCUUCAUGGUAUUUUGAGAAGUUUUGUCAAGACUGGCAAGUGUCCUCUGCUGCUGAUAGUGUCAGACAGCCUCAGCGGAGAUGGUGGUUCCCGGCAGCUUUUCCCUAAGGAGCAUCAGGAGGAGCUUGGAAUCUGCCAUAUAAGCUUCAAUCCCGUGGCACCCACCAACAUCAUGAAAGUGCUGAAUCGGAUUGUGACCCAGGAAGCAAGCGGGAGUGGAGGCAGGAUCAUGGUUCCUGACAAAGAGACUCUGGAGCUGCUGUGCACUGGAAGCUCAGGGGACAUACGGGGAGCCAUCAACAACCUGCAGUUCCUCUCCCUGACAGACUGCUCAGUACAAAGCAGUUUUUGGGCACCACUGAAGAACAAGCCAGUGUCUGCGUCAUCCAGUCGAAGUGUCUCCAAAGGAAGAAGCAGGAGUAAAUCCACAAAGAGCUCUGACAAGCAGGAUGCUCAGUCUCAGGCCAUUGGGGGCAAAGACGCGUCUCUCUUUCUGUUUAGAGCCCUGGGGAAGAUACUGUACUGCAAAAGAGAGAGCUGCAGUGAGCCAGAGCUGCCCAAGCUGCCUGCCCAUCUGUCAGAGCACCGAAGAGACAGACUGCUGGUGGAUCCUGAGCUGGUAGUGGAAAAGUCCCAUAUGUCAGCUGAGCUCUUCAACCUCUACCUGCAUCAGAACUAUGUCGACUUCUUUGCCGAUAUGGAGGACGUGGCUCGGGCCAGCGAGUAUUUGUCUGAUGCAGAUUUUCUCACUACUGACUGGACUUCGCGGUGUACCAUGAGGGAGUACAGCUCCUCCGUGGCCACUAGGGGGCUGAUGCACGCCAAUGCUGCUCGGGCCUCAACUGUCACUCAGACCUGCACAGGCUUCAGGCCCUUGCACAAGCCCCAUUGGCUACUCGUGAGCAAAAAGUACAGAGAAAAUUGCCAGGCUGCCAAAUCUCUCUUUGUCAGCUUUUGCUUGACGCCCUUCAGCCUUCAGACAGAGCUGCUGCCAUAUCUUGCCCAGCUCACCAACCCCAUGAGGAAUCAAGCUCAGAUAGCUUUCAUCCAAGAUGUCGGCCGAAUGCCCCUCACAAGGCACCAUGGAAGGCUGAAAUUUGAAGCUCUUACUGACAAAGAACCGGGUUUGCUGGACCUGGAGAGCGAUGAAGAGGAUGCCACCCUUCCUGCUGCCGUCACCGACCUGGGACUAGCAGAACCACUGACUGCAGCAACUGACUCCCCUGGAGAACUGCCCAGCAGUCAGGGAGCAUCGACGGACCUGCCUCCCAGCCAGCCCCAGCCGACUGGCGCCCAAGCCUUACUGGACGAAGAGGAGUUUGUCAUUGAGGAGUAUGACAGUGACUGAUAAGCCCUACUGCAAGCACAGCCAUGUGCCCAGCUGUGAAUUACUUAGACGUUUUGUUUUGAUUGGAACUGUUUCUGGAUUUACUAUUUAUGUUUCUCGUAAUGCCAUUUUUGAAAGAUGAAAGCCCAGGUUGUGUGCUUUAUAACAGGGAUCUACAAUGUUAAAUAUAAUUGCAUUUUAUGUA